AUGCCUUCCCAAAAGACCUUGUUUACUUUCAUAUUGGUUGUCUCAGCGCUUGCAGGACAUGCGUCGGCCGCCCCAUCUUCCCUAGCUCUUGCGAGCGCCACCGCCGGCGACUCGACCACCGCUCCGUCUGAGAACAACCAUGGAGCUGCGGAACACAGGAGACGAAGUGCCGUGAAUCAGCUCGCCUGCGAUGGUACCCCGGCGCCGACUCAGCCCACCAAGCGAAGUGCCGUCAAUCAGCUCGCCUGCGAUGGUACCCCGGCGCCGACUCAGCCCACCAAGCGAAGUGCCGUCAAUCAGCUCGCCUGCGAUGGUACCCCGGCGCCGACGCAGCCCACAAAGCGAAGUACAGAUGAGGGUGCAAAUGUUGACAAAGCACCCCAUGCCGUUAGUCAGCUUGCGUGCGGUGACAAGCCCGACGCUGCAACUGUUAACGCCGGUACCACAGCUGGUAACUAG